AUGCUCUCAACUCUCAACCUGGGUCUGAUUUAUGGCCUGUUUGUGUUUGCGCCCACUGGCCACCCUGACCGCCAUGAGGGAGAGACAGUCAGCAGAAUAGAGAUGGCAGAGAGAGCCUCAGAGACGGAGAGGAGGCUUCAUCAAAAUCUGUUCAAGAACUACAACAUGAAGGUCCGACCAGCUCGCUCCUGGGAGGAAAGGGUGAUGGUGCGAGUGGGAAUGACCCUCUCCCAGCUCGUCAGCUUGAAUGAGAAGAACGGCGAGAUGACAACCAACGUGUUCAUGAAUCUGGCAUGGACAGACUACAGGUUGUCAUGGAACCCGGAGGAAUAUGACAACAUCGAUGUUUUGAGGAUUCCUCCCAACAAGGUGUGGCGUCCUGACAUCUACCUCAUCAACAAUAAUGAUGGCCAGUUUGAUGUGGCUCUGUAUGUCAAUGUCUUGGUUUACAAUGACGGGACGGUCAACUGGCUUCCCCCAGCCAUCUACCGCAGCUCCUGCUCCAUAGAGGUGGCAUACUUCCCAUUUGACUGGCAGAACUGCAGCAUGGUUUUCCGCUCCUACACGUACGAUGCGUCUGAGGUGGACCUGCAGUAUUUCCUGGAUGACCACGGCAAUGAGAUCCAGGAGAUAGUCAUAGAUGACAAUGCCUUCACUGAAAAUGGAGAGUGGGCCAUCUGUCACAAACCCAGCAGGAAGAACGUCAAGGACAACCUGUAUGAGGACAUCACUUUUUACCUCAUCAUAGAGAGGAAGCCACUUUUCUACAUCAUCAACAUUAUCGUGCCCUGCAUCCUCACCAGCGUCUUGGCCAUAUUUGUCUUCUAUCUGCCUCCUGGAGCAGGAGAGAAGAUGACCCUCUCCAUUUCUGUCCUCAUUGCUCUUACUGUCUUCAUGCUCCUGCUGGCUGACAAGGUCCCAGAGACUUCCCUUGGUAUCCCUAUGAUUGUCAACUAUGUCAUGUUCACCAUGAUCCUGGUCACCUUCUCUGUCAUCCUGAGUGUGGUGGUCCUCAACCUGCACCAUCGGACUUCCAGCACACACAUCAUGCCCAACUGGGUUCGUAAGGUAUUCAUCCACAUCCUGCCUCAGUACAUCGGCAUGAAGAGGCCGAACCCAGAGGAACCUAUAGAGCAGAAGGAGCGUAGUGAUGACAUGCCCUUCCACUGCAUUGAUGGAUGGCGGCCUGGAGGAGAGUACUUCUUCCGUAAAAUCAACCCUGACCUGGUCCUACCCUGGAGGGGCAAUGAGAGCACAGUGCAGCUCCAGAGGCACUUAGACACUGACAGCUACUGUCUGAUCCUGCCACCCAACCUGAAGUCAGCCAUCGCUGCUGUCACAUACAUGGCUGAGCAACUGAAGAAGCAGGACACUGACGACACGAUGACAGAUGACUGGCAGUACAUAGCCCUGGUGGUGGACCGUCUCUUCCUGUGGUUGUUUGUCAUCAUCACCACCCUUGGCACUCUGGCCAUGUUCUUGGACGCCAGUUUCAACUAUACACCCGACAAACCCUUCCCAUAG